AUGAACAUGGCCCUCGCCGCCACUACCGUGCUUGUGCUGAUCCUUGGCAGCGCCAGCGCCGGCACGGUGGACAUGGCCGCGACCUGCAAGGCAGCGGCGACCAACGAUGCAGGAGUGAACCUUGAGCUAUGCAUGUCGAGGCUGGGCAACAGCACAGCCUCUGACGCGUGGGGUCUGGCCCAGGUGGCCUGUGACGCGUGCAUCAGCAGCAGCAUCGUCUACCGCGGCGACCUCGUGGACCUCACGCUACAGCUGGAGGUGGGCAACAAGGAACUCAAGCCACUGGUGGAGCCACUCUCCGAGUGUGGCUCGCAUUCAGCUCAUACUCGCGAUUCCUUUGAGGAGGCCAAGAAGGAGGUCAAGCAAAACUCGUACGCGGCGGCCAUCAAGCAGCUGGACGACGGGAUCUCGUGGACGGAGAAGUGUAGCGCGGGGAUCACAGCCGUCCAGGGGUAA